UUGCGGUCUGCUCUCAGCUGGUUGCCGAUCCACUCGCAGACAGAGGUUGUACGGUCAGCAUUCAUCAUGGGCUGGGAAACGCCAAACUGGAGAAUCGGAGACUAUCCAUCUCAAUACAACCAGAAAGUCCAUGGACCCUACGAUCCUGCCCGCUUUUAUGGCAAACCCGACACUCCUCUUGCUGAGGUGAAGGUUGGAGAGCUGGGAUCAUGGUUGAGCCGUCGCAACUUCCAUCCCCGUGCCAUGAUUCAGUGCGCCAGCCGAGCUACUUGGCGCUGGAGGCACAAGUACGUUUUCCCAGUUAGGAGCAACGCCGCCUUCCUGUACCAGUUCAUUUUCUGCACUUCAAUGUUCUACUAUGUGAUCAACUACAAGAAGUUCACCGAUCACGCUCACUACAAGUACCACUAAUCUGUCUCUUCAAGAGUUCUCAGCCGCCUGACCAUGAUAUUCUUAUUGAAAUUGCAGGCCAUGGUCCCUUUGUAGAUGCUUUUUGUCAAUGUACAAUAAAUUGUCAGCCAAUUA